AUGUAUAACGGGUGGUUGCAAACCGUUUUCGUGACUGGCACAAUCUGCUUCGCAGCCGACGACUGCAUCAUUUGGUGUAAACACAAUUGCCCCGGGUCGUGGAACGACUCCGACACCUCCUUGGGCUUCCGUUCCAAGUUGAUCGACCCUACCCUCUGCCCGGACACACGUAUGAACGUGGUGUCGGACUCGGCCUUCCCGUGUUCGACCAGCAUGGUCGGUCGCAUCCUGACUCCUCUCAAAGAUGGCGAUCUCGAGAGGAUUCUCCCGUCGCUGAGAAGCUCCGCGCGGGCGCUUCAUAGCGCCAUCACGUCCGUGAGGCAGGCGGCGGAGUGGGGCAUGGGGAGCAUGCAAAAGGUGUACAGCCGCCUGAACCUCCCCCUGCCGUACGACCCCGAGCUUCGUGGGCACCGAAUCAACAACAUCUUCAGAAUGGCUAACUAUCGCGUCCGCACGGUCGGCAUCUACAGAUACGCACGACGUUUUCAGGCAAGAUGGAGCUAUCCAGCGAGUAGGGUGUCGAACUAG